AUGUCGCUCUUGUGCCAAUGUUUUAUACGGGAUCGGACCAUCGCCUCCUUCGGCGAAGGUUUUCCUUCACAUGAAGAGAAGAGAAAGCCGCGAAGUUCAGAGAGCAAAGUCCCAGAAAUAUCGUUAACUGGACUCUUCGCUACGCUAGCCGGCUUUUGGGAAGAUUCCGCAAUGAACAGCAUCGACGAGGAACACGAUCGGUUCGUUAAACAUCUUCAUGGUUGCAUGACUCCAGUCCGAAGUACGACAUGCCAUUAUGUCGGUAAGAAAUCGUGCGGCACCCGGUCCCGACAGAAUAAGACCAGAACUCCUGAAGAACCUUCCGCCAGUACUCAUCAAUACCAUGGCGAGGCUCCUCACACGUUACCUGUCGAAAUGUAA